AUGAGUGGCUCUCUCCUUGGUGUCGCAUCUACCAACUUCGCCUAUUUUUACUGGUAUUCCACUGUUCGGGCUCUAUAUUUACGUUCGGCGAAGACAUCGGCACCACCAUCGACCUUGGUAGAGCUUAGCCUCGGUGCUGUUGCCGGUGCCGUUGCGCAGCUUUGCACAAUACCUGUUGCUGUCAUCACCACCCGCCAGCAGACCCAACGUAAAACCGAGCGCAAAGGUUUUGUGGAUACGGCUCGAGAGGUUAUCGAUGGUGAAGACGGCUUGUUUGGAUUGUGGCGUGGUUUGAAGGCAAGCUUGGUGCUCGUUGUCAACCCAGCGAUCACAUAUGGUGCCUACGAAAGGCUCAAAGAAUCUCUGUUCCCAGGCAAGAAAAACUUGAAGCCCUGGGAAGCGUUCUUGCUCGGAGCUGCCUCCAAAGCUAUGGCUACCAUUGCUACCCAACCUUUGAUCGUUGCCAAGGUGGGCUUACAGUCCAGACCACCUCCUGAAAGGAAUGGUAAGCCUUUCAGCAGCUUCGUCGAGGUCAUGAACUUCAUCAUUGAGCGUGAGGGUGUUCUGGGUCUGUUCAAGGGCAUUACGCCACAAAUUCUUAAGGGUUUCCUUGUGCAAGGGAUCUUGAUGAUGACCAAAGAACGCAUGGAACUCUUGUUUGUUCUUUUCAUCAGGUAUAUCAAGAGUCUUCGAACAAAGCAUCUACAGACAAUCGCCCAGAGCAAGGCGGCUGCUCGCAACAUAUCCUCUGCCAAGCCUCUCAUCGGGAGGUAA